UUGCAGUGGUAGUAAUUCUGGUUGAAUGACAAGGCUGGCUUCAAAACAUCCACAGGCACAUUCUGCAAGAUGAAAGUGUUUGUGAUUUUAUUCAUGCUUGCUGUCUUCUUUUCGGAAAAGCUAGGGACUUUUGGUGCAAAAGUUGUUGGUGGUCAUGAGGUAAGACCUCACUCCAAGCCCUACAUGACUUCCUUUCAGGUCUAUGGAAGACACUUAUGUGGUGGUUUUCUAAUUAGCAAGAAAUGGGUCCUGACAGCGGCACACUGCUUUUCUGUUCAUCCUGUGGAAACUAUCACAGUGGUCUUAGGGGCACAUAAUAUACAACGCCAUGAGAGAACAACUCAGCGUUUGAAAAUUUCAAAAGUCAUACAGCAUCGGUUCAAUCCCAGGACAAUUCGGAAUGACAUUGUUCUUGUUAAACUUCAAAGAUCAGCCCGUCUGAACAAAUUUGUGAAACCAAUCACCCUUCCAGCCCAAAACAGAAAGGUGAAGCCUGGAACACGUUGUCAGGUCGUGGGCUGGGGUAGGCUGCACAACAAUUUGCCCCUCUCUGCCACAUUGCAGCAAGUAACUGUAUCUGUCUUCAGUCGGUGUAGGAGGAACAUGAUCUGCACAGGGACCUUUGGGGUACGCAAAGGAGCCUGCAAAGGUGAUUCUGGAGGCCCUUUGGUGUGCAAUGGUGUGGCAUAUGGCAUUACCUCUUUUGUCAUCGGUGGUUGUGCUAAUGGCAUGUAUCCAGAUUUUUUUACCCAGAUUUCACGAUACCGCAACUGGAUCAAAAAGGUCACACGUGUGUAAAAGAAGAUGAAAUACUUGCCUGGUAUUGAGAAGUCCAGGGACAUUAUGAUUAUCAUAAGUUCUUUCGCAUUCCCAAGUGGACCUACUACAUCAACCUAUUGGAACAUGUAAACAUUAAUAGCAGAGGCUUUCCUAAUAAUUUUUAAUAAAAUAUAUAAAAAAAUAAUAACAAAAGUUGCUGAACAUUGCAAAACAUUUUAACUGAAAUAAUGAGCAUGCUAUAGACAUAACACACCUCAGCAAAGAAAUAUCUCAAAAUAAAUGUAACUAAAGCAGGUGCUAGCAUUAAAUAUGAUAUAUUUAUCUUUUAAUAUAAUUAUUUCAUCUGUUGUGGAGUGCAAAUAAACUGCUUCUUUUGUUAUUCUUGA